AUGGGAUUGAAUCAGCUGCCAGAGGAAGGCAUGUGGGAAUCGACGAAGAGAGCUUCAUUCAUCCAAAACAAGAUAAGAAGGUUGCCAGAUCGCAUGGUGGGAUGCUCUCAGCUAUCAACUUUGCAUUUACAAAGCAAUCCUCUCAAAGAAAUCCUAGAAGGAUUCUUUACAGGGUUGCAAGCACUUAGAGUCUUGAAUUUAAGUGAGACUUCCAUAAGAUCAUUGCCACUUUCUCUUACAGAACUGAGACAGCUUCGUGCAAUUUUUCUAAGAGAUUGCACUUUUCUAUCAGAGUUACCACCAAUGGGACGACUCACGGAACUCCAAACACUUGAUCUCUCUGGCACCCAAAUCAGCGAACUGCCUAGUGAGAUAGGACAAUUGGAUAAACUAAAGCAAUUGUAUCUAUCUCGCACACUCAAUUUAGAAAGAAUUAAGGCCGGUACAGUAUCAAGGCUGUCCAUUUUGGAGGUAUUCGACGUGUCUUUGAGUGCUUACAUCUGGGAUGUCAAACAGAAGGCUGAUGAGGGAAGAUCAACGAUUGAGGAACUGUCAUCUCUCAGGUUCUUGUCUGUUCUUUACAUCAGGAUACACAGCAUUGCUUGUCUUGCCUUAGAUUUCAGUUGGUUGAAAUGGUUGAGAAGAUUCCACAUAUGCAUUGGUCCAAGAACCUACGUUUCGAAAUACUCGCCAAUGUGGAACAAUGAAAGAAGCACAAUUAUGAGCGGUGUUGAUCUCUCAGGGAAAGGGGCUGACGUGUUGUUGAGCAGCACAACUGCACUAGUGUUGGGUUCAUGUAAGGGCCUAAACAGCAUAUCUGGAUUAGUUCAGAAGAGCAAUUUCAAUCUUGCAACCCUAAAAUUAGUUCGGAUUGCAGAUUGUCGUGGGAUCACCAGUGUAAUAAAAGGAGAAGAUGUACACGGUAGCAUAUUACCAAAUUUGGAGGAACUGGACCUGGUUUGGCUCGGGAACUUGACUUGCAUUUGGGAAGGAGUGGUUCCGAAUGGAAAAAGCCUCAGGAAAUUAAGGGCAUUGCGAGUGGGUGGCUGUCCAUUGACUAGUCUUAUUGCUUAUGAUCUUCUUCCACAGCUGGAAAACCUUGAAAAGAUCAAGGUAAGCUCCUGUUAUAACAUGUGGGCGAUAUUUGAAGAAAAGGAGGUUGAAGUAACGAAACUUAAUGGAGAAAGCCUUGGGAAAUUAAGAACCACAAAAGUGGACAAUUGUAAGCCGUUGAAAAGUCUCAUCUCCUAUGAUCUUCUUCAGCAAUUAAAGAACCUUGAAGAGAUCAAGGUAAGAGACUGUUCUCAGAUGGAGGAGAUAGUCACAACCAAGGAGGUGGCAGAUGGACAAGCAUCGGAUAUCAUCAGGGAAGAGGGAAAUGCAAUUCCAAGGCUAGGGAUUUUGAAACUCUUUAGCCUUAAAGAAUUAAUACAUGUUUGCAAGGAGGCACUGCCAUGGCAGCAUAUUGAAGUGAGUGAUUGCCCAAUGUUACAAAAGGAUUCUCAGUCUGUCGCUCGUCCCAGUUUCUUGGAAGAUAUUCACAGGUUCUUAAUUCCAAAUGGGGAAUGA